UGGAGAUGCACUUAUAUGCUUUGUAAAUCGUAACUAUAGUUUAUACCUAGGACCUAUAUAAAAUUCUAGGUAAAGAGAAAAACACUAAAAGCUAUUAAAAAUUAAUAAUUGUUAAAAUAUUUUUUAUUAAAGUUUCAGAAUUUUUAAAUGAUGGGAUAAAAUCAAUAAGUAAAUAAUUAUAAUAAGCAUGAAAUCUUUAUAGGAAGGAAUUCGAGAUUUGUAACAUGAAACUAUUAUUUUAGAAAACUGCAUGUAAGUGCAUUCUGUACAUAUUGCAUUAUCAAAAUUAUCGUUGCUUUUUAUUGAUAUAUUAUAACUUUAAUUUGAAGAUAAAACGAUAAAUUUAGUUAUGAUAGAACCAUGUAUUUCUUCAAGUUCAUUUUUUAGCUUAUUUAUAAUUUUGCAUUAAAAUGUAUUCGUAUAUAUUAAUAUGUAUAUGUGUGUGUGUGUGUGUGUGUGUGUGUGUGUGUGUGUGUGUGUGUGUGUGUACGUGUGUGUCUGUGCAUUAACCACAUUAACAAACAUACAGUUACAUAAAACAUAAAGCAUAAUCGACAUUAUAUAAAGUAUAGGGUUUCUCGAAAAUCUGGUUGCAUUCCAAAUGCUCGAAAUCUAACGUGCAAUUGUGUGAUAUAACACAUUUUUUGGCAAAAAUAAUACAAUAUAUAAUUAGAAAUACAACUAGAAAAAGAUGGCUAUACUAAAUAAGUCAAUAAUAUUAGACACUAUUACAAUAUUAUACAUAUUAUACAUACAAGAAAUCGAAAAUAAUAAUUUUGUGAACGAACGCUUAAAUUGUUGGAAGAUUUUGUUCUAUAAUUAAUUAGAAAUUAUGAAUUCUUUCAAGCCUUUAGGUCUCAACAAAUUAAUGGACAAAUAUGCAAUCAAUUUCAUUGAUAAACAUCUGGUUGCUGUUCGUAUUCAUAUCGAAGCUAUUCUGAUGAUUACGACCGAACAUAAUGAUAACGAACGAGAGAUGUUCGACAACAAAAGAUGCGCCCUUUCGGGGUUGAAACUCGACAAUGCGAAUCGACAUCAGCAUCGGCUUUACCGGCGAUGCAAAAAGAAUCAUCCCUUCGCCGAGGUCCGAGAUAACAGUCGACGGCCCUGUCGCGUAACGAGUCCUUAUUUGGAUCUGGGGGGCCGUCGGCCACCACCGCGUCGUCGUCGUAGUCGCCGCCGUCGUACCAUGCCCGACGUCUUUCUCCCUCUCCCUCCACUGCUCUCUUCUUUAGGGCGAACUAAGGACUAGACUCUAAUGGGCGGCGCGGGCUCUCGGCCCGAUGUUAACGCGGAUAGCCGAUUUCCAUGUAAGGGGCGGAUCGCUAUUUUCGGCCGCCGACCGAUAUGGAUAAAGGGACCCCACGGAGCCGGUACUGCGCCACUUGCCACUCUCGCCAGCCUCUUGCACGACGUUACACUCUACCCUAAGCGAUCGCCGCCGAUCUCUCUCCCUCGACUCUAACACC